AUGUCCGUAGUCAAUGGUAACACAAAGGUCGAAGUCCCUCUCGUGGCGGCUGUGGAAGACCUUCGAAUUGAUGUCUCCAAUGGUGUCAGCCCUAUCAACGGGCUUCCAUUUUACACGCCCAAACCUGCCGAUAUCACCAUAAACAACCAUAAGGAUGGCGACAAGUCUAAGAUCUUAUUCAAGAACGUCAAUAUAUUUGACUCAACAGGCUCGGACCCCUAUCUCGGAGAUGUUCUCAUCGAAGGGGAAAGAAUACAGGCAGUUGGCAAGGUCGAUAUCUCGCCUGAUUCCGAUACCCUGGUUAUCGAUGGGAAGGGCAAGAAAACGCUUAUGUCAGGACUUGUGGAUGCCCACACACACCUGAGUUGGAAUAACUCUCCAACCCUGGACGGCCUAACCCGGAUGCCCAUCGAAGAACACGUACUACACACAGCGAAAUCAGCAAAGACGUACCUUGACUGUGGUUACACAAUGUGCUUCGGAGCCGCCUCAGCACAACCACGCCUAGACCUUGUUAUCAAACAAGCCAUCAAGUCCGGCAUGAUCCCCGGACCUCGAACGUUGUCCAACUGCCAAGAGAUAACAACGACAGGAGGCGCAAUCAUUCCCAGCAUCAGCCGCUACGCAGACGGCGCCGAUGAAAUGCGUCGUGCCGUGCGGGAAUUCAUCGAGCUCGGGGUUGACAACAUCAAGCUCAGCAUGACCGGGGACUAUGUCCACGAAACCAUGGGGAGCGAAGAAACCUACUUCACACUCUCGGAAACCAAAGCCGCAGUCGAAGAAGCCCACAACAGAGGCAAACGCGUCUGCUCGCACGCGCGGUCCGCCGCGUCGGUGAAGAUGUCGUGUCUAGCCGGCGUGGACGUGAUCUACCACGCGAGCUACGUCGACGCAGAGGGCAUGGACAUGUUAGAAGGGCUGAAAGACCGUCUCUUCGUCGCGCCGGCAAUCAAUUUCCCGCUAGCAAGCUGCCAAGGCGAGGCGACGCCGUUCGGGCUCACGCCGGAGAUGGCGAAGAAACGGGGGUUAGUGCACGAGGUCGACGCGGCGAAUAAGGCGAUAUCAGAGAUGCGGAGGCGCGGGAUCCGCGUCCUGCCUGGUGGCGAUUACGGGUUUGCGUGGGCGCCGCAUGGCACUUAUUCGAAGGACCUCGCGCAUUUUGUGAAUCUGUUCGGGUACUCGACUAAGGAGAGCCUGAUUGCUGCCACGGCGCUGGGAGGGGAAAUUAUGGGCUACCCCGGCGAUUUGGGAAAGGUGUUGCCGGGGUACUAUGCCGAUGUCAUCUUGGUGGAUGGGAAUCCGGUUGAGGAUAUUGAGGUUUUGCAGGAUAUUUCGAAGUUGCAUGUGAUUGUGAUAAAUGGACAUGUUCACAAGAAUGUGAAUUAA